AUGAUCUCAAAUAAUAACAACAAUCCUUCUGAUGUAUCUGUCAAUAUUGAUGAAUUACCGGAUUCUAAAAAGCAAUUGACGGAGAAUCAACCUGAUCCCGCAUUAAAAUCAAAUAUUGCCACUAUGACGCAACAGCAACAGCAACAACAACAACAACAAUCAAUGGAAAUCGAUAGUGUUACUGAUGAAUUUAUAGACAACAACCCUAAUGGUUUAGAUACUAGAGAGAUUGACGAUAUUUCUGUUGAUAAAGAUUAUGGUUUAAACCAACCAGAACCGAUCCCAAUCGAAGAUGACAAUCAGGGUCAAGUAGUAGAUUCAGAACUCGUGGAAGAAGAAGAAGAAGAAGAAGAAGAUGAUGACGACGACGACGACGACGAUGAUGAUGAAAUUGAAGGAAAUGUACAAAUAGUUGAGGAUCGCGGUAUUUCCAAGAAUACCAAAAGCGCUUAUCCACUAGCUAAUGAAUUUGAAGAUCUUGCAGCAAAACUAAUGAAACCAAUUGAUGACUAUCCAAUAAAAGAUGAAGCACACUAUGUCUGGGAAAUUAAAGAUUGGCAUUCGAUUUUAAAAGAAGACAAGGUCAGAUCACCAAGAUUCAAAUGUGGAGGGUUUGAAUGGAACAUUCUACUUUUUCCACGUGGUAAUACCCACAACAACCAAAUUUCUAUUUAUAUGGAGCCACACCCACCCGUUGAUGAAAAUGAUAAACCAAUAGAUGAAGACUGGUAUGUUUGUGCCCAAUUUGGAUUGGAUAUCUGGAACCCACAACAUCCAGAUGCCCAUUCGCCAAGUCAGAGUCACCAUAGAUUUAAUAAAAAUGAGACCGACUGGGGUUUUGGAUCAUUGAUAGAAUUAAGACAGUUGUCCAUGGUUAGAACACCUCGAAACCAAUCUUCUAGUCAUGCACUUUUGGAAAAUAAUCAAUUGAAUAUAACUGGUUAUGUUAGAGUUAUUGAUGAUUCUUCCACCGGUGUAUUGUGGCAUAAUUUUGUUGAAUAUGAUUCCAAGAAAAAUGCAGGGUUUGUCGGCUUGAACAAUCAAGGUGCCACUUGUUAUUUGAAUUCAUUGUUACAAAGUUAUUUCACAACAAAAUUGUUUAGAAAGUUGGUGUACAAAAUCCCCACGGAUCUGAAAUCUUCAGGUGUUGCUUUGUCAUUACAAAGAAUUUUCUAUUUAUUAACGAAAUCCAACGAUCCUGUGGGAACAUUGGAGUUAACUAGAUCCUUUGGUUGGGAUUCAUCAGAUGCAUUCACUCAACAUGAUGUUCAAGAAUUGAAUCGUAUUUUAAUGGAUAAAUUGGAAACAGCCAUGAAAGGAUCUGACAUCGAAGGUGCAUUGAAUGAUAUUUUUGUCGGUAAAAUGAAAUCAUACAUCAAAUGUGUCAAUGUACCUUACGAAUCGUCAAGAGUGGAAGAUUUCUGGGAUAUUCAAUUGAAUGUCAAAGGUUUCAAAAAUCUUGAGCAAUCAUUUCAAAACUAUAUUGAAAUUGAAAUGUUGGAAGGGGAAAAUAAGUAUCAAGCUGGUGAUGAAUAUGGAUAUCAGGAUGCCAAAAAAGGUGUUGUCUUUGAGUCUUUCCCUCCUGUAUUGCAUUUGCAAUUGAAGCGUUUUGAAUAUGACUUUAUGGUUGAUGAUUUAGUCAAGAUUGACGAUUUUUAUGAAUUUCCAGAUAAGAUAGAUUUAAAGCCAUAUCUUGAUGAAGAUUUACCUGAUGAUGUGAAAAACCAGAAUUGGAAUUAUAAAUUACAUGGGGUAUUGGUCCAUCAAGGAAGUAUCUCAAACGGGCAUUACUAUGCCAUGAUUAAACCAAACUCUAGAGAUAAUACAUGGUUACGAUUUGAUGAUGACAGAGUAUGGAAAGUCACUAAAAAGGAAGUUUUCCAACAAAAUUUCGGGGCUUCUGAUAUCUCUCAAGCACAGUUGAAUAAAAUGACUAGAGCUGAGCAACAAGAACAUUUAAUGAGAAGAAUGACAUCCGCUUAUAUGUUGGUGUACUAUCGUGAAUCAGAAUUGGACAAGAUUUUACCAACAGAUGAUUCAUUGGUCGAGUCAGCAAUUCCUGAACAUAUCCCCAAGCAAAUAGAGUUUGAGAUUGCGGAACGUGAGCGAUUGGAAAAGCAACGACAAGAAGAGUUGUAUUAUACCACAGCUAAAUUAGUCACAACAGCUACCAUCAACGCACAUGUUGGUUUUGAUCUUGCAUUAGACCGCACCGUCCACAAAUUUUAUGAUGAAGAGUUGGAAGGCACUGCAUGCGACCCAGUGGUUUUAAAAGUUAAAAAGGAUAGUAAAAUGUCCGAACUUAUCGAGUCAGUGGGAAAAAGUUUGGGAUAUGACGAUGUUAACCUCUUCCGAUUGGUUACUAUUUGUCAUAGAAAUAACCAUUCCAAUCGAUUGGAUGCUUGUGUGGAAAAGAAAUUGGAGUCUUAUACCAUUAGUGAUUUUUACUUUAAGAUUUUCAAUAGAAAAUAUGACGAAAUGGUGUUUUAUGUGGAAGAAUUGAAUAAAGAUAUUCGUAACAUCAUCCAGUUAGUGGAUACUGAGUAUAUUGAACCAAAAGAUUUUACAUUUGAACAAGUUUUCAGCAAAAUUGAAUCCACUGGCAAUAAGAUUGGCGAAGGAAUGCGUUUUGAAAACACUGAAGCUUAUGCUAAUCACAUUACUAUCAUCAUCAAGUAUUUUGAUCCAAUUUCUCAGGAGAUUAGAUCAUUAUCCCAUAUAGUAGUUGCUAAAUCCGAUCAAAUCAAAACAAUUAUUGAUCCUAUCAAGAAGUUACUUGGAUUUAAAGAUGAUGUUGAGUUGGAAAUGUUUGAGGAAUUGUCACCGUCUAAAGUUGAUAAGAUUGACCCUGAGUUGACAUUUAACAAGCAAGAAUUGAGUCAUGGCGAUAUACUCACAGUUCAAGUUGUAAAUCCAGGUGAAUUGAAUAAAGAUGGACAAUUUAAGGAUUUGAGAGAGUAUUAUAAAUUUUUAUUGACUAGACUACAUGUUAAUGUCAGGCCAUUCAAGGCAGACAUAGAUGAAGAAGAUUCGGAUUUUGUUGCUAAUGAUGAGGAUGAUAUGGAUCAAGAUGGUGUACAUUCUGAAGAUAACGAAGUAACUAAUGAAGAGAUUCAACGGGCCAAAAAUUUGAGUAGAAGUUUUGAUUUCUGGAUUUCCACAAGUUAUAGUUAUCAUGAUUUGGCCAAGGCAAUUGCCGUGAAAUUAAAUGUUGAUCCAGCUUAUUUAAGAAUAUUUGCUCUUUCAUCAUCAGGAGAAAGAUUCCCACUAAAAUCAAAUAGUUAUGUUUCACAGUAUGUUGCCCGAUCUGUUCCCGUUUCAGCAAUUUUUGAGUUUGAAUAUGAAAUACUUAAUAUUCCAUUAGUUGAAUAUGAGAAUAUGAAGGCUGUUAAAAUCCAUUGGCUUGUCACAUUGUUGCAAUCACAAGUAUUUGAUGUGUUGGUUCCUAAACUUGGUACUAUCGGAGAUGUUGUCACUAAGCUUUUACAUAAAGUGAAUGUUGAGAAGAAGGAUUUACCUCACUUGUUUGUCUGGUCUGGUAGCCACCAUAAUUAUCAGGAUAUGUAUAAGGCAGACACUCCAUUAAAUCAAAUUCCUGAUGGUGUUGAUCUUUACUGUGGUUUAUUCCCUACCGAAGUUGAACUGUUGUGUCACUUUGAUAUGUAUAAACGAUUUUUCCCACAAGAGAUUAAAGUGGAUGAAAUUGAUGCAGUUGAUAGAGAAGAAUUUUUAGCUGUUAAAGCAGCUGGAGACCAACUUAAUUUCUUACCUGCGUUCCAUUUCUACAAGGCAGGAGAUUCACGUCAUGGAAUACCAUUUGUAUUUGUUGUCUUACCAAAUGAACCACUUUCCGAAACCAAGGAAAGAUUAAGAAAGAAAUUAGGGUUGGGUAAACAAGCAUUUGAUAAAAUUAGAUUAGCCUUAGCAGAUAUUAACUUUAAAGGACUGUAUUUGGAAGGCAAAGAUAAUUUGAUAUUAUUUGAUGAAAUUGCCAAUAAACGUCUUAGUUUGGGACUUGAUCAUCCAGAUAGAACUCCAAGACGUCAAAGUCAAUUUGAUAAAGGUAUUUCCAUCAAAUAA